AUGAGAGGAAAAAAGAGAAUUCAACAAUUCAUUAUCAUCAAUAUCAUCAAGAGAGUGCCAGUUUUAAAUCGUGUUAGAAGUUUCACUGAAACGAGAUCAUCUGGCAAUAAUUUUGAUUCACCAAUACUUGACAUUAUCGGUCUUGUUGAAAAACAUGGAUAUCCAUGUCUGGAAUAUAAUAUUACAACAAAGGAUGGUUAUAAAUUAAAACUUCACAGAAUACCAGAAAGUCCAUAUGAUGAAAAAAAAUAUAAAAAUCAUGAAAAACCGGUAGUUUUUCUUCAACAUGGAAUACUUGCAUCAUCUGAUAGCUGGACACUUUUAGGACCGAAUAAAGACCUUGCAUUUAUACUAGCUGAUGAAGGUUGGGACGUCUGGCUUGGAAAUGUUCGAGGAAAUACUUAUGGAAGAUCUCACGAGGAGUUAUCACCAAAAAAUAAUGAAUUUUGGAAGUUUAGUUUUCAUGAAAUGGCUGUUUAUGAUUUACCAGCAAUGAUUGAUCAUGCAUUGGAAGUAUCAGGUCAAAAAAAUUUAUUCUACAUUGGUCAUUCAAUGGGUACAACAAUGUCCUAUAUACUUUUAUCAAUGAGGCCAGAAUACAAUGAUAAAAUUAAAUUUUCAAUAAGUCUUGCACCAAUUGCAUUUUGGAAUGUCAUACCAAAAUUUCCAGGCUCUGAUGUUAUUUUAAAAAAUUAUAAAAACAUUAAGAUGUUUCUUGAUAACAAUGACAUACAUGAAGUACUGCAGUUGACAUCAAGAUCUGUUAAAUUGGGAAGAAGUUUUUGUAGUGAUGGAGUUGUUACACAGCCAAUUUGUGCUGAAAUGUUAUUUGCAAUUUCUGGAAGAAAUGAACAUUUUAACAGAACACUUUUGCCACUUUUGUUGUCAUACUUUCCAGCUGGUGCAUCAAUGCAAACGUUCUAUCAUUUCGUCCAGAAUAUGAAACAAAGGAAAUUUCAACAAUAUGAUUUUGGAUUUGUGAAUAAUUACAAACUAUAUGGUCAAAAAAAACCACCAGUUUAUGAUUUAACAAAAAUUAAUACUCCAUUUGCUUUGGUAUAUUCAGAGAAUGAUCCAAUGGCAACAAAAGAGAACGUCAUGAUGCUGGCUAAAAAUCUAAAUAAUGUUGUGGCUGUUGAACGAGUAGCAUCAAAAGAAUUUAAUCAUCUUGAUUUUCUUUGGUCACUUGAAGGAAAAAAAGUAUUAUUUAGUAAAGUUGUUAAUCUAUUAGAAAAUUAUAGAUAAUUUAGUUUGAAAAAAAAA